AUGUUCAAGGAAGCAGGCAAUAAAGAGUUCCUUAAAGUCCUCCGUGAGGUGGUCCGAAUUAAUAAACCCAUUGUGCUAGCCCUGAUGGAAACACACAUGGGAUACAAUGGUCACACUAGAAUUGAUGCCCAAGGUUUUAGUGGUGGUAUUUGGGUGUAUUGGAAAACCAAGUUGGUUACAGUGGAUCCAAUUGAGCAGAGAAAUCAAUACAUCACUAUGGAAAUCACAAAAAUAGGUGAAGAACCACGGUAUUUUUCAGCCAUAUAUGCUAGUCCCGAUCCCUCAAAAAGGACUGAGCUUUGGAAUGAACUUGCGGAAUUUGCGAAUAGAAAUAAUAAACCUUGGCUUCUAGCUGGAGACUUUAACGAAACAAGGUUUACGUAUACUUGGGCUAGAGGCAAUUCGGUAGAGACAAGGAGAAGUGCUCGCCUUGACAGGGCUCUUUGUACAGGGGAAUGGGGUAUGAGGUUCGAUAAAGCUCAGAUGCGUCACCUUCCAGCCUUACAAUCAGAUCACUGUCCUAUCUUCAUCUCACCUAAUGGGUUUGUCCCAUUAGAGGCAGUAAAUCGACCAUUCCGCUUUCAAGCCGCUUGGCUCACUCACGAAAAAUUCUCGGAUUUUAUACAUGAAAAAUGGGACUCAACAGCACCUCUGGUUCCUAAGCUCAAGGCAUUAUCAUCAGACUUGCAGCUUUGGAAUAAAGAAAUUUUUCAUAAUAUAUUUCGUGAAAAGCGCAAUUUAAUGGCCAGAAUUGAGGGAAUUAAAAAAAAGCUUUCCCACAAAAGGAAUUCAGGGCUUAUCAAGUUAGUAGCUAAACUCAGAAGGGAGCUUGAUACAGUGCUUAAUCAAGAGGAAUUGAUGUGGUAUCAAAAAGCGAGGGUUGACUGGUUGAAGCAUGGUGAUCGCAAUACUACUUUCUUCCAAAUGAGCACAGUGGUUAGGAGAUGGAAGAACAAUAUUGUGGCUAUCAAGAAUCAGGAAGAUCAAUGGGUGUAUGACAAAGAUCAGGUCAAGGGUAUAGUCGUUGAUUACUUUGCAAAUCUGUUCAAAGAUGAAGGCAACGAGGAAGAACAGGACAUCCCUUCUGGGGUGAGCACUGAAUUUGAACAUUCUGACUGGUGUAAUUUAGUGCGCCCUUUCACCAAAUGUGAUAUUGAACUGGCUGUAAACUCAUUGGGGUCGCUCAAAGCUCCCGGACCCGAUGGGUUUCAAGCCAUCUUCUAUCAGAAAAACUGGGAACUUGUAGCCCCAAAUGUCUAUGCAAUGGCUCUGCCAACAUUAGAAGGAAGGGGUUUACCGGACACCAUUAAUGAAACCUUUCUUGUCCUCCUUAUAAAACUUUAA